CAGGCCCUGGCACAGGGUGCCCAGAGCAGCUGUGGCUGCCCCUGGAUCCCUGGCAGUGCCCAAGGCCAGGCUGGACACUGGGGCUGGAGCAGCCUGGGAUGGUGAAGGUUUUUCCCCACUAUCUCAUCUAACCAAACUCUCUUUCCAUUUCAACUCAUUCUCCCUUUUUUCAACACUACCUGCUAUUAAAUAGUUUUACCUACCUGUAAAUAGUCUUACCUUUUCUUUCCUGUAAGUUCCUUUUAGAUGCUAGAAAGGGGGGAAUUUGCAUUUAAUUUUUUUAAUGAAGAAUUUUAUCCAAGCAUUACUCUAAUCCACUACACAUUUGCAAAGAAUGCUGCUCAGAUUUCACAGCUAAUGUUCAGUGCUAGUUGGUACUGUACAUUUACCCCGAGGAUCUGAGUGUGUGCUGCUCUAAUCUCUGCUUUGGCUUGGUCACGACUGAGUGGUGAUUUUACCCACUGUUUUGUUGGUUAAAUCUGGUGUGAUGUGGCUGUAACAUCCCAAAGUACCUGCCAUGCUGCUGUGAGUAAUCCUGUGAAACGGACCUUGUUUUUGUUUUGAUUUGCAGUGCUGUCCCAUGGCAGCUGCCCCAGCAGAGAGCUCCAGGAGCCACGGGAAGGGGCUGGGGCUGAGCCAGAGUCACAGCAGCUCUGCCUUGGACUAUUCAGGAGACACCUUUGAGUCCUUCAGUGAGGAGGGGGAGGAGAGUGAAGCACCUGGAUCCUGGUGUUCCACAGAGGAUUUGGAGGGGGCAGCUGUGUCAGAGGCUUUGGAAAGCUCAUCAUCACUGGCAGGCCAAAGUGCUGCAGAGGAGGAGUUUGAAGCAGUGGAUCCUGAAGCUGUGGAAAGAGCUGCCAUAGGAAAAUGGAUUGAUGCCAUGGGAAAAUGGAUUGAUGUGAAAAAUAAAGACACUGGGAUUAGGCCAGACAAAUCUGUCAUCAGAACUCCUGCUGGAGCUGCUGAGCUCUCCCAGGGAGAGCUGGGUGCUCUCAGGUCCUUCUGCAGCAGCAGGAUCAGCAGGAUGCAGCAGGAGCAGGCUGGGAAGGGCAGGAGGCUGCAGUGGGGAGACCCAGCAAGGCAAACUGAGACAGGAGAUUCCUGUGCUGUUCCUGCCCAGCUGAUGAACAGGAUCCUGCUGGAGAACACCAGGGAGGCUGUGAAACAGGUGACAGAGGCUGAAAUCCACGAGGUUUCAACCUGUCCUGACUGCCAGCAGAAGGAAGCAGAGCUGGCCAAGGUUGCUUUUCUCAGGCAAAAAAAGACUCUGCUGGAAGGUGCUUUAAUCCAAGAGAAAUUGGAAGAACAGUUUUACGCCAGGGCUCCAGAAUUUUGACUGUUCCUCACUUCCUACCUAAGAUUUGAGACCUUCAGCCUCAGGACAUGCUCACACUUCUAGGAGAAGCACUCAGAAGCUUUCCCAAACCUUCAGACGAUCCCAGGGAUUUGUGGCAAAGGCUGAAGGGUCAGGAGUGGAAAGACUGAAUGACCCACAACUCCAGUGGGUGAAGAACUGGGAGAGCCUCCUGUGGGCAGUCACCUGCAGAAUUCCAAUGAUUCUGGAUCUGAGCUGCUCUGGCAGUGAUGGAUUGGGUGCUGCUUUAAUAUUGCUGCAGGUGGAACCAGGUCUGCCUGGCUGGGCUGUGAGUCACCCCUUCCUCCUUGCUCGAUGCAAAUGUUGCAGUGUAUUGUAAUCCAUCUCCAUAGGUUUCUCAAAUUCCAGAAGCCAACAGUUUCCAUUAUUAAUCUGGCAAGGCUGAAGUAUUGUUUUUUGUGGGAUUGCUGUGGGAUUGCAGAGCAGCUCCCUGCUGCUCCCAUCCAUAAGGAAAAUAAAUGAUUCCGUUUGCCAGGGCAGGGAGGUGUAAUUACUGCAUUUCAGCUCAGGCUUUGCCCACUGCCUCAUGGUAAAUUGAAAGUGAGAGCCCCAGGUGGAAGACAAAAAGCAAAGUUAACUAUAAAAAGCAGUAAAAUGAAAUGCAGUAUUUAUAGAAGGGAAAUAAUGAGGUUGUAACAGAAAUUAAUCAGCAGGACUGGGGAUGCCAAUGGGAUGAAAAAUGAUAAUAAAUUAAUCAUGGAAUCUAUAUAAGAUAGAGAAAAAAAAAGGCAACAGAUGAAAACUGGGAGAAGAAUUGCAAGAAAAUACUUUGGAAUUUGUUGUAAUUUUUUAAGAUGACAAAGUCACUGUUAUUCAAAUAGUGGGACGGGGGUCCAGUACACAUCCAAAUAAAAUGGAAUUGUGCUGGGAA